UAUCAAGUAUCAAUUUUGAUUAUGUGAUGGUUUUUGUCGCUGAAACAGCCGAUUUGAGCGGCUCAUGAAAAUGUACCGAAAUAGUAUUCUGCACGAUUACGAACAAUUCCAAUUCAAGAAUCCGACGAGUAGAUAGAUGGGCAGAUCAUUAGGGUAGGUCUGUUCAGGGCACUUUAGGGUUUGUUUGACGUUAUCAGGAAUUGUCAGACACACAGUUCGAUUUUAAAUUAUCCGUAUAAUAUUGCGCAAAAUCAACGCGCUAUGUGAAGCUUCCGAAUUGUUUUGAAGUGCCUCGAGAUAUUUGUCAAGGCAAGACUACAUCUCGAACGGUGCGAAGAGGUUAGAUUUAUCCUUGGAUACUUACAAGGUAUAAACAUGUCAGACAAGGAGACGAAUGAUGAGAUCCAAGUGAUAGCUGAAAAACUGCAUAACGUUGCGACCAUCGAGCCAGUGUACAACAAUAUUCCGCCACAGCAACAACAACAACAACAGCAGCAGGCAAAGAGUUCACGGAAAAACAACAAUAACAGUGUAGUGCGUCAUCCUGCAGAUAGCAAAAAGCCUGAUGCCACUACUACUACAGCUACCACGGAGGAGUACGUUUUUAUAAGAAACGUACCUGAGCUCAAUUUGCCUGAGAAGAUUCUAUUUGUUAUUGACACAGUGAGGGAGCAGCAAUGCACGCCUUUCAAACUGGGUACAGGUGCGACCUACCUACCUCUGUUCAUGAUAAAACGUGUGGUGGAGAACUUUAUUGGCGCGAAGUCUACCAUACAGCCUGGGGUGCAUGAGUACGCGCUGAUGAGCCUGGAUUCACAAAGUGCUUCCUGGCUCUGUGACUACACCAGUAAUACAAAGAUUAUUCUUAAUCAUCUGGAGGGUAUCACGGAAGAUGUACCAGACGAGGAGCAAAAGACCUAUGAUUUAGGGCUGCUAUUUGAGGUAAUACACUCUCGGAUAGCAACACCAGGGAGGAACCAACCGACAUUCACCUCGCGUGUUAUCUUCAUAUAUGGACGAUCAAAUUCCGUCCCAAAGUUCCACACUGGACAAAAGUAUCUAGAGAAUCUAACAGAGAAUCCAUACUUCUUCUUGGAUGUGCUGUUCGCCCACGAACCACCUAGCGAUGACAAUAUGUGCGAGGCGGUGUACGCCGAAAUCGCGGCUUUAGACACAACGAAUUUCUCUUAUAUCUUCGAAGUAGGUAGGAACGCUGCUAAAAUACAUGAUAAUAUGGCAAAGCUCUUAGCGCAUCCGUUGCAACGUCCACCACAGAAGGAUGCUUCUUAUACUCUUUAUUCAAUGAUGGCCAAUCAGGAAGUACAUACUAAUGUAUAGUGCCAUGUAUAUUUGUUAGUGUUAGUAGGUAACUCAUUUUCACGGAAAAGUUUGCAUAUUUUCCGUCGGAUCAGAUCUAUAUUAUUAAUAUAAUAUAAUUUGAAGACAAUAUUGUAUUUGCUGAUACCAGUAACAUCUUUUAUAGUGAUCCUAAAGGCGUUUACUUUGCCGAUUUAGUAGGAUUUAUAUACAAAUGGUUUAUAUGUUACUGGCUUUGGUACUGAAGAACAGCGACUUUGCGCCGUGUUG